AGGCACUAGGGAUACGGAAAUGAAUAACAAUGAAGAUGGUGCCAAAAAUGCUUUCUCCUUUGGUUAAAGACUGGGCUCCCAAAGCAUUUAUAAUUUCCUUUAAGUUGGAGACUAAUCCCUCUAUCAUAAUUGACCGUGCACGGAAUGCUUUGGAAAUGUAUCGACAUCAAGUGGUGGUGGCUAAUAUCCUUGAGUCACAACGGUCCUUUGUGGUUAUUAUAACCAAAGACUCAGAAACUAAGUUAUUGCUAUCAGAGGAAGAAAUAGAAAAAGGCAUGGAAAUAGAAGAGAAGAUAGUGGAUGAUCUUCAGUCCCGACACACAGCUUUUAUACAAGACAAAAAUUGAAGGGUCAAUAACUAUAGGGUCAAGAAUUGUUCAGUGGACCAGGGCUCUUACAGAUGGUGAGAACUAGAAUAAGUCCUUUGCUUUCAUAAAGACAGAGAAAAUGAAGGGAAAAAGCAGUGAGUGGUGUGCAGGCGAAUAUGGUUUGCUAUUUGUCUUUUAAAGGUCAACUAAUACCCAUUAAAAAUGAAAACAAAAGCAAAACAGUUAUGACUUACCCACCUGACACAUUCACCUGGAUGUCAUCUUGAUUUCAAAAUGAGCAUGAGCUGUUUCUCACCCUUAAAAAAAAAGAGCUUAUUGGGAAUUAUAUUCCUUAAAAUAUACAUGUGGGGCCUGAAUAUCAACCAUCUUCACUAUGAAGUGGAUUAUGGUUUCAUGAAUGGCCAUGCUUUGAAGAUCAGUUGUUGAUGCCUACUAUGUGGUAGGCCUUAAUGAUUAUGAGGAUUAAAAAGAUGAAUAAACAUGUCUAGUUUGGGAAAUGGAUAUAUAAAAAAUUAAGUGCAAUAAAGUGUGUGCCCAAAAGUUGACAUUGUGGAAAGGAUGUUGUUCUUUGGGGAUUUAUCAAAGAUGGGAGUAGGAGAGAAGGACACCUCCCUGAAGAUAGGUUGCCUAAGGAAUAGUGAGCUUCCUACUGCUUUACUUUUUGCUUUCUUGUCCUAGAAUUACUCCAUGUUUGAGUUAACAAUUUACCUUUCAAGUAUUUUAGGAUUGCUCUUCAGGGAGAGAAGCUGGGCUUCCGCCUGGAACCAGGCAGGGGCCAAUUGAUCAUCUCUACCCUUGGGGAAGCAUUACAGUGUGGUAAAGUGUAUGGGCUUUGGAGUCAUCUUAGCCAGAUUUGACCUCUCCAAGCUAUACUACCUGUUAGCUCAAUAGAAUUCAGACACCUGACUUAAUUUCCAUUUUCUCAUCUAUAAAAUGGAGAUAAUCUCUGGAAAACAAUGCCAUUUGUUGUGAGGAUUAAGUAAAACAAGAUAAAGCAUUUGCCUCGUGCCUGGAACAUAAUUUACACUCAAUAAGUGGUUGCAAUUGUUUUCUUCACUUAGUAAGGCAGUAUUGGGCUGGUGUCUUGCUGGAUCCUUGAAUCCUUGAGAAGUUUUCAAAGCACUGGCUGUCCUGGCACAAGAAGUGUAGUCCAGAAAAAUCCCCUAAAUGAUUUGUACGAUGGUCCAGAGUACAAUUUGGAAAACUACCAUUAACAGCUAGGCAGAAGCAGGUACUGUGCGUCACACAAAUAUUUGAUUUAAAAUGUAAUUGGUGAUGUUUUAUGGAGUGACUUGGGAAGAGUAGCCCAAUGUGACUGAUAAUAGAGGUACAAUAAACUUUAGUUGAAAAUAUAUGAACAGUAGUGCCAAGAUGCACUGAAAUAGUUCAUUAAUUAGGAAGUGUGACCUUGAGCAGAGGAAAAAUAACCAGUAAUCAGCAGCAGUCCCAUUGAACAAAAUUUUUUCAUUAACUUUAGGUCCAAUGGGCAAAACCUUAAAAGCAAUAGUUCCGUCAGCAAUGGCUGCAAUACUGAAGUGAUAGGAAGUAAAAGACUGAUUUUCUUCCCUACAUCUAUAGCUUUAUGCAGAUGAUGGCUGUCAUCAUCUUUGUAUAUACAAUGAGGAUAAAUGGAAUUAAAACUAGAAGUAAUCUUAAUGUUUUUAUCUUAAUGAUUACUUCUCUUGGAAACCAUUUUCUAUCUUGUUUAUGCUUGAAACAACCACCACUUCUCUCCAUGGAGUUAUUUAAAGUGUUUUGUAAUUCUGUUUAGUCUCCAUUCCAAACACUUAAACAGUAUUUACACAUGUUAAAAUUCUAAGUGUUUGGGGGAAAAAAUACCAAUAGCAAAUGGAAGUGAGCAAAAGAAAGAAAUAAUGAAAGGAACAUGAUUUCUCAGUGAGCAAAUGAGAAAGAAUGUGAUCUAGACUGGAGAACCAAGGAAUGCUUCCUUGAGGAAGUGACGCUUGAACUGAUAUAGAAUCUAAGUGGGCUUGAGGUGAUGGUGGUGAACAUUUUAGGUGAGAGAAAAGAACUUCUAAGCCUUAGAAUCUAAGGGCUCUGGUGCCAGAGGUAGAGGUUGAAGCAGUUCUAGAAAGUAAGAGAUAAAAUCCAUCCUGAUAAUGCAUGUAGAACCGGCAGAGCUUUGGAAAGGAUCCUAUGGGAAACUAGAGUAAGAUUAAAAAAUGUAAGUACGUGUUUGGGAUACCAGAAAAGCCCUGUGAACGUGAAUAAAAUCGAGCUUUAACUAACUGGAAUCUUAAAAUAAAAGCAUUUAAAUAAAAAUGAUAUAAAUUGA